CAAGAAUCACCCUCAAACAGCAGUUACUUCCUCUCUCAUCUUCCUUCGUGCAACAGCUCAAUUUCAAUUAAACAAUUACCAAACACACGAUUUUCCCAAUUAGAUCUAAUGUAAACAUUAUACAGACUUAGAGCACUGCACCCAGCACUCGCUUUUUUGAUUCAAUGCUCCAAUGCUCCAAUAACACUUCUCAUGUAUAACUUACCCAUAGAUCGUACCUAAUUAGACCACUCCAAUUAAGGCAUCAUGUCGGACUCCCCAAUAUUGGAUCAAUCAAAGCACGACGCCCAUGUCGUCUCCGGACAUUUACCAUCUGGAUACUCCGCCGAAUUUGAUGGGGCACCCGGUAGUUCUGGUGCUCCAUCAGUUUCCGGUCAAGAUGCGGGAGACCAGGAUUUAGGCGAAUCCUCCUUAAAGCUCCAAGGAGGUGACAUCCACCGAGAUCUCUUUAAGACUGCUGCACGGGUCAAGAUGCACAAACGAGCCGCCACAUUUCACCACCCACAAGAUUUAACCGGUGACAACGAAUCUGACCUCUUGACCGUUAGCGACCAAUUGGCCCCUGGUGGCUUUCGUAGAGCCUUCAUACGUCAGCGGCAAGAGCCCGAGAUCUGGGCCGCUAGGAUUCCGGUUACUCGAAAUUUUGUCGAGUUUCUUGAGCUCUACGGUAACUUUGCUGGCGAGGACCUUGCCGACUCCGACGAUGAAGCGGUGAUAUCCGACGAAGGUGAGGAAGGAGAAGAAGGCGAGGAAGAACGAUCACCUGAGACAAGGCCACUACUUGGGCGUCGUAAGUCUUCGCGGGCGUCGCGCUCAGCUAAGACCAGUACCAAGAAAACCUUCUUUACCUUAUUGAAGGCUUUCAUUGGGACUGGUAUCAUGUUUCUUCCUAAAGCUUUUAAGAAUGGCGGCAUAUUAUUCUCCUCCAUAACUAUGCUGGUCAUAUCCAUAGUCACGAUGUUGGCGUUCCAUCUGCUUCUUGCCUGUAAGGCACGGUAUAACGGCGGUUACGGAGAAAUCGGUCAAGCCAUAUCAGGCGACAAAAUGCGCAAGGUCAUUCUGAUAUCCAUUACCCUGUCGCAAUUAGGGUUCGUCUGCGCCGGAAUAGUCUUUGUCGCAGAAAAUAUGACGUCCUUCCUCCAGGCCGUAGCACAUGGCAACAGUCCAUUAUCGCCCACGACUCUCAUCCUCAUACAGCUCAUUGUUUUAAUACCUCUGGCCUUCAUUAGGAAUAUAGCUAAACUCAGUCCUUUCGCACUGCUCGCGGAUGUUUGCAUCCUUAUUGGUGUAGGCUAUAUCUACUACUACGACAUCGCCCACCUCGCUUCUGACGGCAUUCACGAAAGUGUCGUUCUCUUCAACCCAGCAAAGUACACGUUGACGGUCGGUUCGGCAAUCUUCACUUUCGAGGGUAUAGGACUUAUUCUGCCCAUACAAUCUUCUAUGACGAAACCCGAACGGUUCGAAUGGCUUCUUGGUCUUGUCAUGUUCAUCAUCACGGUUCUAUUCACUGCGGUGGGCGCCCUCUGCUAUGCUACGUUUGGAGUAAAUACACAGAUCGAAAUUAUCAACAACUUUCCUCAAGAUAGCAAGUUCGUCAACGCAGUUCAAUUCCUCUACUCACUAGCCGUCCUAGUCGGAACCCCUGUUCAGCUUUUCCCCGCUCUACGUAUCCUCGAGGGUAGGAUAUUCGGUUCCCAUUCAGGAAAAAAGAGUACCAAAACGAAGUGGAUCAAGAACGCAUUCAGAACGUUCAUAGUUGUCGUGUGCGGACUGGUAUCGAUAAUCGGCGCUUCGAACCUCGAUCGGUUCGUUGCGUUGAUCGGGUCCGUUGCCUGUGUGCCUCUUGUCUACAUUUAUCCAGCAUAUCUACAUUACAAGGGCGUCGCAACCUCGUGGCAGGCUAAAGCCGGAGAUCUCUUGUUUAUGGCGGUUGGAACAGUCGCUAUGGUCUACACCACAGCCAUCACCAUCGCUAACAGUUUUAUGCACUAAGCGUCUAUUUACUCAUAUACCCCACCGAAAUGAUACGGAGGGAAGCGACUAUAAAGAAAAUUGCAUUUUGGAAUAAGGAUACUCAUUAGGAUUAGGAUUGGUGUCAUUGUCCUGUUUGGCAGCGAAUCGAUCCUGUAUCACGAUCACUCAUGAUAUUAUAUCGGCAUUGGGAUGUAGAAACCCGGCGUUGAGCGUUUAUUACAGAUUGGAGAUUUCGAAAGAAAUACCACUGGCUAAAUUCCCUGUACUUACUAACUACACUCUUCUUAUUUUAGAUAAGUUGCCUGUCAGGAUUAGGCUCUGGAGACUAUUCGCGACAGUGUUUCCACAAGCACCCCAUGGCAACAGGCAUAAUAAUAAGACUCGCGCAAUCUAUCAACGACGUCGCGUAAGGGAAAGGUCCAUCUGGAAAUAUUAGCUAUGGAUCUAUGAUCUGUAGGUAAACAGAGACGACCUAGAAUAUUUUCUCA